GUUUAUAAUAUUUUAGUAAACUUGUAUGUUAUCUGUUGUAGCUGAUCUGAUUGGUUGAUACAUCCUACAAUAAAAAGGGAAUGCUUUUUCAUAAUUCCCCAGUGCACGUAGCUCCCUGUUAGCUGGCAAAGAUGGUCUCCUUUAUAUUUAUAUAUCUUUUGCUGUUGAUUUCUUUGUUACUGGUACACCCUGCAGUGAGCGACUGUCCUAAGCCAACAAAGGAGCGCAUUGAUGCUACUGGAGGAGCUUGUUUGCAAGGAAAUUUUGAUAAUUCAAUUACUUUUACCUGUCUUGCUGCUGGAAAUACUCAGGACAUGUAUAGAUCUGUCACAGUGUUACUACACAAUGGAACUGGAACUUAUGAGCUUGUGAUGCAGUGUCCUGGUAAUGAAUGGAGCAAUGAUUCUUGCAUGAGUGUAUCAGCUGAUGUCACUAAUGUAGCUAGGGAGGACUGUCUGGUAUGCAUGCACAGCAACAGUUCCAGUGAACCUGGAGCCUCUUGUAAUGAAUGUCCAUCAAUGUGUAGAGGGUCUGGUCGAUGUAUUAGUGAAACCACUUGCUGUCCUUUCUAUGAUGGACAAGGAUCCUGUACUGAUUCCUGUUCAACUGGUCAAGUCAACACCACUGAUUAUAAGUGUCAUAACUCCACAGAUAACCCCACAGAGUCUGUCUCAUCUAAAGGAGGGAUAUCAGUAGCAGCAUUUAUUGUCAUACUUGUCAUUCUUAUAUUAUUGCUGGUAGUGCUCACUGGCAUUAUUAUUGUAUUUCUUGGAAAAAUGAGAGCUCAUCGUAAAAUAGCCAAGUACAUAAUUGAAGGAAACUUCAAGUCAAUGAAAUCAUGCAUUCCCAGAUCUAACAAAGGACAGGAGCAGCAGAAUGGAGAAGUGGAGACAAGAAGAACAAGCAGACCUUACGUAGCUUGCACUACCCUCAAAGAGAGUCCGAUUGAACUGACUGAAGAAGAAGAAAAGGGACCUCCUUUACCUCCACGAUCAAUAUCCGAUGCUGAAGUUGGGUAUCAGAAAAUUGUUACAACUACAAAGCGAUCAGUCCACUUAUACAAUCCAGUAGUGAAUAGAUCAACUUCAUUACCUCGUCAGCCAAGCUCUGAUGAUGGAUAUGUGGACCUCAGGAAAAGGAGUCAAACAAUUCCUCAUGGAGAGUACGUGGAAUUGGACUAUCAGAGGUCAAGGAAAGGUCGCAAAGGAAAAGGUGACAUGGUCAAGACUCAAUCGGCUGCUGCCAUUACUAGGAUGAAGAUCAGAGGUAAAAAAGGAGCCUGCGCUGAUGAUGACGGUGAGGAGUUUGAAUACUCUUAUCCAAAAAUGUCUCCAAGGCUCAAGAGGAAGAUUGAAAAGAUGCAGCAGAAAGGCAAACCAGCGCCACAGCCCAAACCAACAGCAAAGCCAAAGAAAGGUAAGAAAAUGGUCAAGGCUCCGUCUGAAGACCAAGAUGGAUACGUUGCUACCAGUGAAAUUCAAGAGUUGAAGGCAAGAGCUAGGUUACAGAAAGAAGCUACUUUGGAUCAAGAUGGCUAUGUUGCUACUGCCGUAGUUCAUGAGAUGAAAGAAGAGGAAGUGAAAGAGAGGCCUAAACUACACAGAGGAGUUGUUGAUCAAGAGGGAUACGUAGAUUGUAUCAUUCUAGAGGAGCCUAAGGCAUCAGGUGCUGAAGGACCAGCCAAAAAGAAGAGAAAAGAUGAAAAAGGAGCUGAUGAAAGAGCUGGUCCCUCACAGUCAAGCUUGAGGAAGUUGUGGGAGAAAAAAGGAUUUGGGUUUAGAAAAUAAACACAAACAAUAACUGCUCAAUAUAAUGUAUAUGUUUCACUUUCCCUGGCCCUUUUGCAUGUCAAUGUGUGUAGGUUAGUCUUAAUAUUAGGUCCAGUCCAACUCUGUCUGUGUGUGAAUCUACCAUUGCUGCAAACUUUUGAAUAUUUUUGAUUUUUUAUUUAAGACAAUGAUGUCAUGUAUGUAUAAUGGUCAAUAGUUUCUUUCAGAUAUAUUUCUUGCUAUUCUUCCUUUCCCCA